GAGCGCAGCUGCUCGGGACUGAAUGAGUUAAUGAGCGGAGGGGCCACAUCGGCCGAUGAUGCUGCUCAAGGAGUACAGGAUCUGCAUGCCCCUGACUGUGGAGGAGUACCGAAUCGGGCAGCUCUACAUGAUCAGCAAGCACAGCCACGAGCAGAGCGAGAGAGGGGAAGGAGUGGAGGUUGUGCAGAAUGAGCCCUAUGAGGAUCCGGUACACGGACAGGGCCAACUGACUGAGAAGAGAGUUUACCUGAACAGCAAACUGCCAAGCUGGGCACGCGCCGUGGUCCCCAAAAUCUUCUAUGUGACAGAAAAAGCCUGGAACUAUUAUCCUUAUACAAUCACAGAAUAUACAUGCUCUUUUUUGCCGAAAUUCUCCAUCCAUAUAGAGACCAAGUAUGAAGAUAACAAGGGAAGCAAUGACAAUAUUUUUGAGAGUGAAGCCAAGGACGCCGAGAGGGAAAUCUGCUUCGUAGACAUCGCAUGCGAUGAGAUCCCUGAGCGCUAUUACAAGGAGUCAGAGGACCCCAAGAACUUUGUGUCGGAGAAGACGGGCCGGGGGCAGCUGAAGGAGGGUUGGAGAGAGGCCCAGGAGCCAAUCAUGUGCUCCUACAAACUGGUGGCGGUUAAGUUCGAGGUGUGGGGGCUGCAGAGCCGAGUGGAGCAGUUUGUGCACAAGGUGGGGGAUUGGGACAUGACGAUGGAUGAGGUCCGAGAGUACGAGAGAACCACUCAGGAAGCCACAAAUCGGAAAAUUGGCGUUUUCCCUCCAGCCAUAUCGAUUAGUGACAUCACCCUGCCGUCCCAUUCGCACGGGGGCCAUUCCAGCGCUCCCUCCACCCCCCUGACCACCGACGCGCCCGAAUUCCUCUCUGUCCCCAAGGACCGUCCCCGGAAAAAGUCUGCGCCCGAAACGUUGACUCUGCCGGACCCCUCGCAGAUUUGCCUGAACGUUCAGCCGGGAGCCGGGAAUAAGCCAUCGCUUGCUAAGCCUGAAUAACCAGCCAUGUCUUGGGGGCCGGGGGGUAACCCCUUUUCCCUGGGGGCCGGGGGGUACGUGUAACCCCUUUUCCCUGGGGCCUGGGGGUAUAUGUAACCCCUUUUCCCUGGGGUUACGUGUAACCCCUUUUCCCUGGGGCCUGGGGGUACGUGUAACCCCUUUUCCUUGGGGGGUACGUGUAACCCCUUUUCCCUGGGGCCUGGGGGUACGUGUAACCCCUUUUCCUUGGGGGGUACGUGUAACCCCUUUUCCCUGGGGGCCGGGGGGUACGUGUAACCCCUUUUCCCUGGGUCCUGCCUGGGGGUACGUGAACCCCUUUUCCCUGGGUCCUGGUUGGGUACGUGUAACCCUUUCCCUGGGUCCUGGGGGGUACGUGUAACCCCUUUUCCCUGGGGGCCGGGGGGUACGUGUAACCCCUUUUCCCUGGGGGCCGUGUGGGGUACGUGUAAACCCCUUUUCCUGGGGGCCGGGGGGUACGUGUACCCCUUUUCCGGGGGGCCGGGGGUACGUGUAACCCCUUUUCCCUGGGGGCCGGGGGUACGUGUAACCCUGUUUCCCUGGGGGCCGGGGGGUACGUGUAACCCCUUUUCCCUGGGGGCCGGGGGGUGUGUAACCCCUUUUCCCUGGGGCCUGGGGGGUACGUGUAACCCCUUUUCCCUGGGGGCCGGGGGGGUACGUGUAACCCUUUUCCUAUGGGGGCCGGGGGGGGUACGUGUAACCCUUUUCCGUUGGGGGCCGGGGGGUACGUUUAACCCCUAUUCCUUGGGGGCCGGGGGGGUACGUGUAACCCCUUUUCCCUGGGGGCCGGGGGGGUACGUGUAACCCUUUUCCUUGGGGGCCGGGGGGGUACGUGUAACCCCUUUUCCUUGGGGGCCAGGGGGUACGUGUAACCCCUUUUCCUUGGGGGCCGGGGGGUAUGUGUAACCCCUUUUCUGCCAGGCGGGCGCAGCACUUGGCACCACAGUGGAUUUAACCCCUUCUGGCCUUGACUGAUCAAAGUCCCUUUGCCUGGACCUCCUGACAAAUAGCUGGACGUGGUCUCUUCUGGGUCCCUUUGCCGCUGCUCCCGGGGGGGGGCCCUGCUACCCUUCCCCACAGGCAAUGAAUUAGACUCCAAGUAGAAAUCCCUAUAUAUUGAGACCCAGAGAACCUCGGCCACAGUGAUUGGUGGCUGCUGCGUUCCUACAAGUGCUGGCCAAUCACUAUCUCCCUAUUCCCCCCAGUCAGAGAGUUACGGCUGGGGGAUUCCCAUAUGGGUGGAGACAGGAAAGGCUAGGGUUAGUUUGAUUGGCUAAAGGGCUUUUCAUACUAAUUUAUAUGCACAGUUAUUGCCCCACCCACUAAACUGCCCAAUGUGAGUGCUUUUUUUGGGGGGCUACAGUUAUACUGUUUGUGUUUUACCCCCUGGGAAGAGCCAUAGGACACUCCCAGCUGGGGGCUCUGGCCUUUCUGGGGGGACAUUGCUUUAUCGCUUGUAGUACUGUUACCUGCCUGUUGUACUGGCAAAGCUUUUCCAUAGACAGCAAUGUAACAGCGCCACUAGGUAUGAUUUGCUGUGGCCUCAUCCCCUCUGUUUCCCACAAA